AUGGCACAAAUAAAGGACCUGAAUGCCCAUGAGCGACCUCCGGAGGCUGUCAAGCAACGCUACAAGCAAUACCAAAAGUCCACGCUCACAGACAUAAACUCGGAUGGUAGCAUUCUGGAUCUUCAGGCGCUAGAUGCUGACCGGCUGCCGGAGGAUGUUUCAGUCACGCAUUGGAUCUCCGGCAAGGAUCUUCAGCCCGUAUUCGAUCAAUUUCUGGGGACAAGCAAGGAUGGUGCGGAGGGAUCCCUGAAUGCGAAAGAUAUCCCUGUCUUCUCUCAUCGCUCUGUGACCGGUCUCCAAAUGAUCCCCUCCCUCCUCCCACCGACCGUACAAAUAGAACUCCUCUCGCGGCUCUUCCACCGAGACCUAUCCAACCCAAGACACAAGACCAACCUCCACCUGCACUACGAGCUCACGUAUCCCCGCGCCGGGGAAGCAGCAGCAGCAGCAGCAGCAACUACUACCUCGACGAUCGAUUCCAGCGUAGUAGACCCCGGGCCCCCUCCCCCAUCCUCCUUCUUUGCCGACGACCCAGCGCGAGCUAUCCACCCGAAAGACCCCAGCGUGCACAAGCCACUCACCGUGCAGAGCAUCCUCAACAAGAAACUGCGAUGGGUGACGUUGGGCGGCCAGUACGACUGGACCGCCAAGGUGUAUCCGGCCGAGCGGCCGCCGGCGUUCCCGCCGGACAUCGCGAAGCUGCUGCACACCAUGUUCCCGGAGACGGAGGCGCAGGCGGCGAUCCUGAACGUGUAUUCGCCCGGCGAUACGCUCAGCGCCCACCGCGACGUCAGCGAGGAGUGCGAUGCCGGCCUGAUCAGUAUCAGUUUCGGCUGUGACGGCUUGUUCCUGAUCGGCCAUGAUGAUGGCGCCGGCUGCGAGAUCGUCCGCCUGCGCUCCGGCGAUGCGGUGUACAUGGACGGCACGUCCAGGUUCGCCUGGCAUGCCGUGCCCAAGAUCGUGCCGGGGACGUGUCCGGCCUGGCUCGCGGAGUGGCCUGGCGCGGCGGAUGGUUCGGAUGCCACCACUCAGUAUGAGACGUGGAAGGGGUGGAUGGAGGGCAAACGAGUCAAUUUGAAUGUUCGGCAGAUGAGCCUCUCGGAGCCUCGUCCGUGA